AGGAAGUGAUACAUCAACAGAGAAAGAUGGCCGAAGUGAUAGAGCUGCAGAAACUCAAGCUUGCUGAGCUGAGGCAGGAGUGCGAGGCCCGAGGUUUGGAAACCAAGGGAAACAAAGGAGAACUCAUCGCCCGACUGCAAGCCUACCUGGAGGAGCACGAGGAAGAUGUGGACGUCGAUGAUGUGUUGGCAGAGGACACAGAGGACUUCACAAAAGUUGAAGGUGCCAACAAUGUAAAAGACGCAAAGGAUUCUGCACCCGAUGAGUCUCAGACAGCUGCUGAGAAGAAGGUGGUGAAAAUAGCUCCUCCAUCAUCUGCCAGUGAA